GAUAAUUCAAAGACAGCGUGGCGCGAAUAACCCUGGCACCUCUGUAAACAGCAGAAUUUGAUUGAUCGUUGAAACUUUUCGCGUAAUUAUAACAACUUUCAGUUUAGAAAUAAGUGUUAUCGUAUUAAUGAUGUAAUCAAUCUAAGUGUGGACGAGAAAAAUCAACUGAUCAAUGAAUGGAAACCCGAUAGUUUGGUCCCGAAAGAUUGGGAACCAUCAAAAUACCUAUUAAAACAAUUCCACAGAUGUGCAAAUGGUCCUCUUGGCAACAUUGUUUCCUGAUUGUCAGACAAGGAAUAAGGACCGAUGCACAUCCAAAUAAAACAGUCUUAAUGAUUAGUAUUUACGAACGAAAUACAUCUGUGUGUUCCAAAGUUGUUUCGAGAGUAAAAUAAAAUACCUAAAUUUUUCUUGAGUACAGCUGUUCCACUGAUCUCUGGAGCAAACUACUAACCGUUACUACAUAUGAAAAAUUCCACUUAAAACUAUCCACUAAUAAAAAUAUUAUGUUUGGAGUCGUAUUAGUAUAAAGCAACCAAAACAUAAUGUAUCCUUUAUAUGCACAGACGUUAGGAUUAAUAUGGUAGAUUAAUAAUGUCUCUAGUUGCCAUAUUUUGAAAGGCGUAAAAAUCUGUCCAUGUUCAUGCUCUUCACUUAUAACUUUAUCUUCACAUCUUUAGUGUGUAUACGAAUACCUUAGCUCUUCUCAUCCCAUGUGUCGUUUCUGUUUUGAGAUAGAAUAAAAUAGUGUGAUGUAAUAUUCUCAUUUGUACAGCCUUGUUUCACAGUCGUUUCUACGACUUUAAUUAAUAAUAAAACAGUUGGUUCUGUGGAAAGUUCUUGUUUGUUCUAAAUUGAUUUUAAUCACAGCGAUUUCGAUUUUAUCAGACGGUUUAAUGGUAAAGUAAUCAUUCAUUCAACAUACAUCUACAUUUGGGGAUCUUGCUUAUCAAUACCUAAUCGACUAAAAGAAAAUAAAUUCAGUAUGUUGUUCUACGUUUUAUAUAUUUUCACAUUCCUGUAGAGGUCAGUGAUGUUCAAAUUAUAAAGUAUACAAAUAUUGUCCUAAAUUUCAUUUUAAACUUCCUAUCUACUUGUCUAAAGUUCCCAAUAAACGGUAAUAAUACAUGAAAGGGCAAGUGAAGUCACGUUUUCCUGUUAGAUUUUUGCAUCAUCCACAGGUUGGUUAUCCAGCGAUACUAUCUUCCACUCAAAAAUUGUUGUGGUUAACUUCAGUGUUACUCAAAAACCAGUUAUCCAGUUAGUGAUGAGCACUUACAGUUAUGAAAUGUAAUAUCCUCCGUCGAAAUUCGAAAUAAUUCUACAUGAUUGUUAAAACCAUGAGAGUGUACCCAAUCUCAAUUGUGAGUCGUUGUAUAUGAUUAAGUGGAUAAACAUCUAGCUUUGACUGGUAUUGUUUUUCUUACUACCGCUUAAAUAAUCGUCAGGAGAUAUUUGUAUUUUCAAAGACAAGCUUUCCAAUUACUUUCCUUCUACUAAUCUUGAAUUUUAUUUCAUGCAAUAGAGAGAUUUAUUAAUUUUCUAGCAUCCGAUUGUGUAUUUUGUAACAUGUCAUCAAUAUCAAUGAUUCUAUGAAUUCAUUUUCCUCUGUUGUUUUUUCCAGAUACGUCAAUUUCGACUUAGAAGUGGAAGAGUUUGAAGCUACUGAAAAGAAUGUUAGUAAGAAUCAUCUUAAUUUCGCGACAUUAAAUUUCUUAAACUUUGUUGGGGAUUCGGAUUUGUCUAAUGUUGCUACUGAGCAGCUGAAAAAAUAUGGUGUUGGAUCAUGUGGACCAAGAGGAUUCUAUGGUACUUUUGAUGUUCAUCUUGAAUUGGAAACUAAGUUGGCUGAAUUCCUUGGUGUUGAAAAAGCAGUAAUUUAUUCUUAUGGAGCAGCUACAUUUUCUAGUGCUAUCCCAUCGUAUUCCAAACGAACUGAUGUAAUAUUUGCGGAUGAAGGUAUCAACCAUGCUACGUAUUUAGGCUUAGUGGCAUCUAGAAGUCAUGUUCGAUUUUUCCGUCAUAAUGAUAUGGAGCAUUUGGAACAAUUACUGAUAGCACAGGCAAAGAGAGAUAAAGAAGAUCCUAAGCGUGCAUUACUAACUCGCCGAUUUUUUGUUGUUGAAGGUAUUUAUUUCAAUUCUGGAGAAAUAUGUCCCUUAUCUGAGCUUAUUGCUUUAAAAUAUAAAUACAAAGUUCGCAUUUUGUUAGAUGAGACCAUUUCUUUUGGAGUAUUAGGUAAAACUGGUAGGGGUGUGACGGAAUAUUUUGGUGUUAAUAUAGAAGACAUUGACUUAAUCUCAGGUUCGUUGGAAACUGCUUUAGGGGUAUGUGGAGGAUUUUGUGCUGGAUCGCAGUAUGUUGUUGGUCAUCAAGAACUCUCUGGACAAGCAUAUUGUUUUUCAGCUUCUCUACCACCAAUGUUAGCUAAAGCUGCAUACACAGCAAUUUCUAAACUGCAAUCGCCCAAGGAAAAUGGUAAACGUAAUCAACGGUUAUUAGAAUUAGCCAGAUUAACUGACAAUUUGUUUCAUUCGAACAGCAAGUUAACCAGUAUUUGGAAACUAUAUGGUCAUCCGGAUAGUCCGUUAAAACACUUAAGAUUCAGAGAAAAUAAUACUUUAGGUAAACUUGAGGCUGUUGUCCAAACUGCUUUUGAUUGGACUGAUGAAGGAGACUUGAAGGCACCUCCUUUAUUGUUGACAGUAUCAAGAUAUACGUAUAGUAUAAAUUUCCCUGCUCCACCUCCAAGUAUUCGUAUUGCAUUGAAUUGUGAUUUAACUAAUGAAGAAUUGCACCAUCUAUUCUAUGUUCUUUCUUCAAUAGUUCCUGCAUGAAUCGACCAGUAAAUGAUGAAAUUUACAUUAAUUAGUGUUGGCUGUGAAACUUUAACAAAACAUGACAUUUAUCACGAUAAUAUUAAGGACCUUACUAGCUCAAUAAUAUUAUAUUUAUAGUUUUUUGUAAAUGUAUCUUUUAGUAAUAACCAGGUAAAAUAUAAUUUGCGCUUUUGCGU